CAAUUGACCCCGUUUACAAAACAUCAUGAACAUUUAUAAACCCUGAACACGGAUAAGGAAACACACACUCAGCACUCACUGCCCAGGUUACCAUUUUUGUAUUGUCCAGAAAACAAAUUAGCAGCGAGAUGAUACUAACAAUCCAGCCCCUAAAACUCACAAAACCCAGCCCCUCCCCGUUCCAUUCUAUCAGAACCGCUAUAUUCUGCGAGAAAAAAGCUCCUUUUCGCAGAAGAAAGUACAAUUCUUCCAGGAGGUCUGUUCUGAAGAAAACAUUCAUACAAGAACAGGUUAAGUUCACGGCCCCUGUUUCUGAUGACCCUGUUGUCGCUAUUAUUGGGGGCGGCAUGUCCGGUCUUCUUUGUGCUCUCUUUUUGGAGAAGAGGGGAGUUCGCUCCACUGUUUUCGAUACGGGUGUUCAUGGGUUAGGUGGAAGAAUGGGGACAAGGAUUAUUGAUCCUUCCCCUCUAGUAUUUGAUCACGGGGCUCAAUUCUUUACAGCCAGUGACCCUGUAUUUGCCGAGCUAGUUCAUGACUGGUCUUUGAAAGGUCUGGUCCAGGAGUGGAUGGGCACAAUAGGAGAGCUUGAACUAGGUGGUCAAUUUACACCACUUUCUUCUUCCUCUUCAAGAUACGUGGGUGUCAAUGGGAUGCGCCCACUUGCGGAUUCAAUAUUGUCUCAGACUCACAUGGUUGAUGUGGUGCGGCCUUCUUGGAUAAGUAAACUUGAGCCAUUUAACGGAAUGUGGCACUUAAGUGAGAAUGGAAAACCGCGUGGGCAGUUUGAUGCCAUUGUUAUUGCUCAUAAUGGAAAAUGCGCAAAUCGUUUGCUUUCUGCAUCAGGGUUGCCACUUAUUGCAAGACAGAUGAAGAGACUGGAACUAAGUUCUAUAUGGGCUCUUCUAGCAGCAUUUGAUGAUCCUCUUCCGGUUCCAGUUGAUUCAUCUGGUUCCCCAUUUGAAGGUGCUUUCGUGAAAGGAAUUGAUUCCAUCUCAUGGAUGGGAGAUAAUACAAAGAAAAUAUCAAAGGCCAAGGAUGGUGGGCCUUAUUGUUGGACAUUUUUUAGCACAGCAGCUUUUGGGAAGCGAAAUAAAGUUCCCCAGGAAAAUAUCCCAACUGUCACUGCAGAGAGGGUGAAGGAAACAAUGCUUGAGGGUGUCGAAGCUGCACUAGGACUCUCAAAAAGCUCAUUGCAGAGGCCCUGUUACACUCGUCUACAACUUUGGGGUGCAGCUCUUCCCACCAAUACACCUGGUAUACCCUGUAUAUUUGAUUCUGAAGGAAGGGCUGGCAUAUGUGGUGAUUGGCUACUGGGUUCUAGUUUGGAGGCCGCAGCCUUGAGUGGCAUAGCUCUUGCUAAUCAGAUUGCUGAUUACUUUACAAGUGGUGGAUCUAGUCCAGAAGAGUUUUCUGUUGGUUUGCACAAUGAGUUUCAACCUCUCGAAGGACAUGAUAUCGGGCAAUUUCCAGGAUUAGAGUCCAAGGAAAAAAUUAUUGAACCUCAGCCAGUGUAGCAUAUCUAAUAUGCCGAAGUAACUGAAUCAUUGCAAGGAGACAAAACAUCAUGAAAUAGUGAUGAUUGCAGAGGCGGUAGGAAAUAUGGCAAUGCUUCGUGGAUUGCUAUCUCUUUUUGGUAGAGUCUGUGGUAUCCAUCUCAGUAUAAUGUCUGACAAAGACCAGCCAAAUUAUUUUUAAAGCUUACAGGCAUCUCCAGGAUAUAGUCCAUGCCUGCCGCUGUUCAUCGUCCUACUUCAUUAAAGUAACUUGCCAUACGAUAAGUGAUGGGCGACUUUGUUAGGCACUAAAAGUGCAUAUAACCUCGUUUAGUAUAUUUUCGCAUCACUCGUGUCUUCUUCAGGUGAAGUGCAUAAGAUUUAAGUUGAAGUUGCAAAAUCUCAUCUAGCUAGAUGAUGGAUGACAAUAGUAUGGCUGGAUUUGCGGUUUAUAUAGAAGCUUGUACACCCAUACUGGGUUUUUUUUAGACUUGUAGUGGCCGUUGCCUUGGACGCCCAGGUGCGAAAAUAUAUUAGCUACAGUAUGAACAUUGUUUUCAUUUGUUACCUUUGUUAAAUUGUUUUCCAUUGCAGUGAAUUUGGUACUGGAAAUUUGGUACUGUUGGAA